AGCACGAAUCGAAAGAUGUUCCUAAGCGGUUCUACACCAAACAACAAGCACAACGAGAUGAUAGUGAAUACGGCAGCCAUGAACAGUGAUGAUCUUAGUGAACUACUGCAGCUAAACGCUGAGAUUGAGGAGCGCUGUCGGUCCAGCCGGCACGGAGACGACUCCACUGCCUGUGGCUUGCUCCGGGCUACUAUGACGAGGGAGGAGCUCUUCGAAAUCUCCUCCCUAAACGACGAUCGCUUCCUGACAGCCCUGGAGCAUCAAAACUCAUACAUGACACCGCGACGAGUUCAGGUUACCGACCUGGACUUGUCCAGCAUCGAAAAUCUGAUGAAAUACUUCGACGAAGAGGUACCCGUAACGCCCACCAAAGUACUUGGGGCCUCCAAGGCGUGUGCAAAAGGAAAAGUGGCCAGCGCCAUUGCCAAGCUUCGGAUACAGCCGGAGACAGUCACUUCGGCUAAGCCUGAGUUGGGUAGUGGCAACCUAAAGAUAAGUGAGCUUAAACAGAUGUACGAACAGCAGCCGGAGAUAAAGACCCCACGUCCAGCAACUCGGAUACCUAAAAAGUCGUCCGCUUCGCUUCCAAUAAAAGUGAAGGAGAUGGCUCAGCUGUUCAACUCAAAGAUCAGCCAAGUGAUACGCCGCGCAGAACAGCCACCCUACGUUCAGUUGCAAAACGAGCUCUCGCCAGAGUCUAAACCCCACUUUUAUAUGAAGUCGGAGCAUGGACCCUGCUUGGUGGCCGAGGAAGUGUUCCGUGAACUGAGUGUCAAAGACAAGGCGCUUUUGUUUAACAAGUUCAUUGGUGACAUGGCAGCCAAACAUCCCAAGUUCACCGCCCACGCUGCGGAUCUUAAGGCGAAGGUGAAUAAGCAGGUGGCCCGCGGCGAGGUAGUAUCGGAAAAGCAGGUCAGCGUUAAGCAUCUGGCUCAGGAAUUGGAAGCGAAGUGUGUCUUGGACACAGGAUCGCCACCUCGGCCAACUGGAGUUUCUUUUCCCAAGUCGACUGAAGGCAAGGGCGAUACAAGCACAUCUCAGCUACAUGUGAGCACACUCACUGUGAUCCUCAAGCCCAGCUUGGAGCGUAGGGCCCCACAGGCACUAACUCGUCGUUGCCUGGAAUGUCAGGACGAUAGCCACAACCCAGAGCGAUCCCAAAAACGAAACCUCGCCGCGAUACGAACCGUACUGCCGACGGAGGCCUAUGCGCCGCCCAAGAAAAUCCGACGCACUCGACAAGAGCGCAGCGGUAGUGAUAACCAUGUGUUCUUUCAGAACGAGCAGCUUGAGACUCUUUUUUACAGUUGGCUAAGCACAGAAAAUGGUGUGCAGUUCGACAUAACUAGUGCUUCCAACAGUCAGCAGACCAUAGAGAUUGCCGCCGAGGAUGGUGCGUACCUAGAUCAGCCAACCUCCAAUACAUUGGAAGAAGUGAGCCAAAAGUCCGCAGUCGAGCAACUCCUGGAGGAGGCCAUAGCCAAACUAGAGCUGGAGAGCAAAGUAAAAGAGGAAAACCACAACGAGAAAAACAAGGAAGAUAUAACUCAGAGUCAGAUCGUGCAAGUCACUCCUCGUCGUAUUAAGCGCCAGGCCCCUCCAGUGCCUGCACCACGUCUUAAUCUGACUCAAACCCAUUCUAGUGCCUCCAGCUGCAAGCAAUCCGAAGCUGAAGAGAGUGAAUCCGGGUUGUCUACUCUACCCAAGAUUACAAGUGACGAAUCACAGCCCGAGAUGCCAAAAGAAGACUUGCAGCGAAAUGACUUUGACUUUGUUAAGCCCCAGCGGCCGCCGCGUAAGAAGAAGAUGCGCCGAACUCUCACUUGGAAGAAGGAGAACUCUAUUGUGGAGGCUACCGCGAUCAACUCAACGGACUCAGAUUCGGAUUACAAGCCGUCCCUUUUAGCACAGGCCAAGAAAACAACGAGUGCGAACUGCAGCUUCCCACUGCCCGAACAAAGUUUUAUUGAGUUGGACAAGUCACUGAUGCGCCAUGUAAACUCCCCCCGGAAGAUCAAGUCAGCGUACACCUUAACAGUAUUGUCGUCACCCUCGCCAAAUGCAGACAGCGAUCAAUCACCGUCUCAAACACCAAGGCAGUCCCUCGGGCAAACUAUUAGGGACAGUUUCGUGGAUCAUGGCUUCGAGACGUGCUCGAAUGAUCCUAUGGACAACAGUCCGCUGCGCAGAUCAUCGGUAGGCGUCUCGGACUCGAAGCCCACGGGGUUUUCUACGCCCAUUAAAGGACGUCAUGCUAGCAGUCCGGCGCAACAACAACUGUUUAGCCCGAUUCUCACCCAGGAAAGGCCUCGUCGCAGUUCUCUGGCCAUGCAGGUGAUUCGGGAGGAUCACCCUCUAGAUCUUGAUGUCACCUCCAGCUCGCCCUCUUCCUGUAGUGAGCGUGAGUUCUUCGCCAACGCGCCAACAGUCGAAAUGAACUCCCAGGAUGAGAUUCCAGCUAGCAAGUUACAUUCGCUGUUUUGGAUUACAUCCGGGGACUUUACUGUCUCAUUGGAAAUCUUUCCAAAUAGCCCUGAGCGCCUUCGUCUGCUUUACGAAAUCUUUACGCAGAAGAGCUGGGAAACUCGUGAUCUUGCCUUCGGAAUCGACGGUCACAAGUUUACACGCAGUUGUGAAAACCUAGACACCGCCCGACAGUCGUUGCCCGAACGUCCUCCCAGCGUAAAGGGCUGUUCCCACUACUGGUUUGCCAGCGGAGACCUCGCUGUCCCGUUUAGCGGAAAACUGAUAUCCGGUGAGAAAAUUGAGCGUUUAUUCGCAUUCCUCAACGAAGAACAGUCGCAACUGCGCUUUGGUGUAGACCACAUUGAAUUUAGCAGCGUGCCUGAGUUCUGGCCCACUACUCAGAAAUAUUCGAUCGAGAGCUGCUACAGCAUGCUUGUCGGCCUGCAGACUGGCGCCAGCAAUGGACUGGAGGGGCGCAAUAAGUUCUCCUGGCCCAACAAUAUCAACAACGUCAACCAGGCAGUCAAAACGAGCGACUUGGAUCAGUCAGAGUUCGAGACCGAUAGCUUCAGCAACAAUAGCGGAAGGCUGUCGUUUUCGCCCGACAUUUUCAGCUUGGACUACGAGUCGGUUCCCCUAGACGACCUCUUCGCUAAGGCUGCUCCUGUUGACGCUGCGCCAGUCAUGUCUAUGCCGCAAAUGAUGCAGGCCCUAACGCAGCAGCAAACCAAGCUUCGCAGUGUGGAGCAGCGCAUCCGCAGCUACGCUAGGCCCUCUAAUUUCACGGACACCUCGUUGGACAACUGUCGCAAUACACCACAGUAUAUUCAAAGGCUACGCUCCAUCAUCCGAGCCAUAGAUAACAUCGGACGCGACGAUGGAUUCCGGAGCUGCUCGAUGGAGCAGCUCGAGAGCUUCAUAUAUUUUCUCAGCGAAUAUGCGGAUGUGUGCCUGGCCAAUUGUAGCGAGCAUAUGGACAAGAUUCUUGACACACUAAUGGAUCGACGCGCCAUAGAAGUCUAA